ACUCAUCACAGUUUUAAACGUGAUUUGAACGCGUUUCUAAACGGUCAACAUACGCGGAUGUGCUAAAUGCUCUAAAGGAUUUGUCAGUGUUGUAUGCAAGCAUAAGUUAAAAAAGUAGUGAUAACUUUUAUGGCAAGACUAAUGUAAUGAAAAGCCAAAAAGACUUUAAGUAAAGUGUUACGUUGUGAAAAGACUAAUAACGAUAUAAAUUUAAAAAAAAUAGUGCCCACCUUCUUCAAUAAAUGAAAAUGUAUUUGAGUCAAAUAAAGUGUUGGACAAAAAACUCCGCAUAAAUAAAACGAAAACAAAUAAACAGUAAUAAACUAUUCAUAACAUUUUUCGAAAUAUAUUAGUCACGAAUCCUUCGAAAAUGACGAAAUUAACAGUUAUUUUCCCAUUUCUAUUAGCUGUGAUUGCUUUUCUGUGCAGCUUCGCGCAAUGCGCCACCGAAGCCAUACCUUCACCGAAAUUACCGUCCACACAAGCUCCUCUAAGCGCAGGAGCCCACCCUGCACAACCUGCUACAAAUAGCACACGCUAUGCUCGACUAAUGAAAAUAUUGCAGGACCCGAAAGCUUUAGCAGCCAAACGUUACCGGGCCGUAGCACAACGCGUCAUUGCGCGCGGUGAUAAUUUACAAGCAUCAGGCAUGCCUAACCGACGGCCACUAUCGGGCUCUCCACCUCAGCAAAAACCGCGUCCGCCCAUUAUGCGUCGCGUACAGAACGGUCUUCCUUUCAAUGGCGCGCCACCGCAUUUUACCUUUGAGAAGCCUAAGGGGGUUAUAAACCAUUUACCUUCCAAAGGCCCGGUCCCAUUCAACGCUGGCAAAAUGUCCGUAUACAGACCGCCUUUCCCGUUCGCGCAUUCACAGCCACAAACACACCAAAAUGCUUUGAUAGCUCAGUCGACGGCGCCUGCUCAAUCGGUAAAAAACCAACAACAGCUGCAACAACACGAAGAAUAUAAUUUCAAGGCAUCGCUACCAUACAAUGGCAAGGCGAUUGUACGCCCCCUACUCGAACCGCAUGAUCCAAAUUAUAGACAACACCUUCAACAGCUACAGCAGUAUGCUGGCAAAUCCCACCAUAUGGUACAACAAUAUCCCAUACCACAACAACAACAGGUGCAGAAACCACACACACAACAGCACUAUCCAGGAUUGCUCCAAAGCAAGCAACAAUCGCCCAACGGACCACCAGCUUUUCAUUAUGAAAUAAUUCGGCCGCACGAAGAGCCUGUGCUGCAUCCGCACGUAAAGCAUGAGCACCGUGUCCCCAAUAGCGCGGGAUAUGCCGUCUAUGAAAAUAAUGACCUGGCUGAAGAAGAAGAGUCGUACUUGCAUCCCCAUGCACACUAUCCUCCCACUGUACGGACCGAAGAAGCUACGCAUCAUUAUGCAAACAUGCGUCAGCAGCCACAACACACAGAUACGGAAAGCGCGGCGGCGCAAGAAGCUGAAGAAUAUAUAAAAUUUAUGAACUCAAAUGACUAUUUCCUACCUAAGCAUGAACCGAACUAUAAACAGCUUGACACACAAAGCGAUAAACAUCAGUUGCGGCACCCAGAGUAUCUGCAACGUGAGCAAACAGCCACAUCAGAGCAGGUUCAACGAAGCCAUUCUCACUACACGCAAUCUCAGCAGCAGCAUACACAACAUCUUCAAUACGACAUGCCAUCGACAACCAAUAAUAAUGUAGCCUCUGGCUCGGACUCUUUCGCCGCUAACAAUUACCUUAACAGUCCCAUGCAAGUAUCGCAGCUGUUUUACCAAGAAGACCCCGUCCCCGCAAUUGUACGUGGCAGCUAUCAGACCGGCAGCAACUUAUUCGUGGUAAAUUCGGAUGGUAAUAAGGCCGUUAAACAUGUAAUACCUGCACCCACCACAAUCGCGCCCACAACGUUGGCUCCAGCAUAUUCUAAAGUGCGCUAUAACGCGCUGCAUAGCCGCACCCCUGAACCGCUGCGCUUCGAGUUUACUGAACGCGAUGCUGUGCACUCGUCCUACACUAACUCCCCACUGCAAUCUUUCAGAAAUGGAAAUGAGCAGUUACGCUUUAGAGCCGCUGCUGCGGCAUUAUCCUCUUCCACUACGCAAGACUUGCCUGUAUCAAGUUCCCACAAUUACGGUAGCGCUAUAUCGUCCAAUUCGGAUGACCCAGAGGACGACGAGGAUGUACAAAGCGGUAGUUCGGACUUCUAUGGGCGCUUACCAGUACAUCAAUCAACUCCAGCUGAUGCGCCUUCAAUGCCAACACCACCAGCACCGGUCGAACAGAAGGACACCGAAGACUAUUGCGAGCGAAUGUGCGCCAAUGUGCAAGACGAGGACGAAGAGAUCGUAUGUGGCUCAGAUGGCUACAUGUACACGAGCGAGUCCCAAAUGGAAUGCUAUGCCUCAUGCCUCCACAUUGAUGUAACGGUGCAAAGCAAAGGAUCCUGUAACACGCGGUAGACCGAAUUUAUUUAGAUCAAGUACAUAGGUGUCGAAACACCAAUGGCAGGCCGCACUAACUGACAUUUAGCGAAUUUCUAAUUUAUUUAAUUUUUUCUAUUUAUUCUUAAUUUAUUCUUCUUUAGUUUUACAAGUUUCUAUUUAGACUCGUUUGUAAAAAGUAUUUAUGUAUUCCAUUAAUUUGAAAUGCUGUUAAAAAAUAAUAAAACAUAAUAUUUUAAAAAUAAA